AUGUCACAAAAUGCAUUAUUACGUAUCGGUCGUCCUAAACACUGUUCAUUAAUGACGUCAAUGACAUUUGCCAGUUCAUCCCACCGAAGCGUCUGCAGAAUUCCAUCCCGGAGCAUUUCCUCCAUAACGCCAUAUCAAAACCACAUGAAAAGAAUUUCCAAUCCUCAAUUUCAACAACCUUCAAAUCACUUCUCAACCUCUACAACCAAAAUGUCUGACACCAACAAGAACUUUCUUUUGAGCAAUGUGUUCAAUGGUCAAGGGCAAGGUGGCGGAUCAGGAAUUGGUUUGAUGGCAACUCAAGCACUGGCUGUGAACGGUGCUAAAGUAUAUAUUGUGGGACGGACGGAAGAAAAGCUUGAGAAUGUUGUCAAACACCAUGGCCAAAACAUUGAGGGAGAAAUUAUCCCUAUCGUUGCAGACGUCACCCGCAAAGACGAGAUUGCUCGUGUGGUAAAGGAGAUUGAAUCCAAGGAGAAAUGUCUCUGCAUCUUAAUCAACAACGCCGGAAUCUCAGGAGCUACUCAGCAAACGGAAGCCAAGACUGCGGAGGAAAUGAAGAAGAAUCUUUUCGAUGAUGAGAGUUCGACAUUCGAUGAUUGGUGCAACACCUACCGUACCAAUGUUCCUCAAUUAUUCUUCAUGACCACAGCUUUCCUUCCUCUGCUCCAGAAGGCCUCGGAUCACCAAUAUGGAUAUUCCGGAACUGUUAUUAACAUCUCCUCGAUUUCCGGUAUCGUCCAAUCUUCACAACAUCAUUUCGGAUACAACGCCAGCAAAGCUGCAGCUAUCCACUUGACAAAGAUGUUAUCUUCGGAGAUCGCGGGCAAUGGAUUGAAGAUCAGAGUCAAUAGCAUUGCACCAGGUGUAUUUCCUAGUGAGAUGACAACUGGUGGUGAGAGUGGACAGGAUCAGAAGAGUCACAUUGAGAAGGAGAAGUAUGAGAAGGUCCCUGCCAAAAGACCUGGCAAGGAUGAAGACAUGGCCGGCGCGAUAUUGUUUGCGGCUACCAAUCAGUAUUUGAACGGUCAGACCGUGGCUGUCGAUGGUGGAUAUAUCUUGCAUGCUGGUGCUUAA